CAAAAGCAGGAAACGAGAACUCGCACGAGACAAACGUUAGAGACCAGAAACUGAAGUGUCGCUCACGAACGGGACGGACAAAAGUAUGUGGACAGCGGAGCGCAGCCCCUAAAACUCCCGCUUCAACAGUCAGGACGAAGUUUUUCAAAGUUUCUGCGGCUGAAAAAGUGACGUGAAACUUUUCUACCACAGCUGAGGAGUCUUCCUCAGUCUUCCUCAGUCUUCCUCAGUCCUCCUCAGUCUUCAUCAGUUUCCAUUUCAGACACUUUAAAACAUUUUCUGUCUGUGAAAAUAAAAACUCCAAAACUCAUCAAAGGCUCAAAAAAGUGAAAACAGUUUUUAAAGUUCUAAAAUAAUAAAGUUGGAAUGGAAAGUUUUCACACCUGUGGACUCUCACGUGAACCUGUCCUCUCUGAUUCCAAAUUCCCGAUCAGCAGCGACACACAGGAUGAGUGUCAGUGAGUUUCCUCAAUCGCUGAUCAAUCACUGAUCCAUAACGGUAUCUGAUACCUGUACGAUAAUGAAAGAAAACGUUUUAAACUCUAAACAGUUAAAAUAAUUCAAACCUCCUGACGCGGUCCACAGGACGCAGCUGAGUCUGCAGGACUCAGAUGGACUCACCUGGUCUCUGCCUUACCUGGCGGGGACCCUGCUGAUGUGGGCUGUGUUGACCCUGAGCGGUGUCUGAAGGCUCAGCGGGGCACAGUACAGUCUGGAGGCUUUGGGCCUCAUGUGGACAGCAGGGGGAGACAUUGGGGUGGUGGCUGUCUCUGUGGACAAGCUCCACAGUCUCAUCACCGUGACUUAGUGACAUCACUGAUGUCCACCUCAGACCUCUCUGAGAUGCUGGGGGUCCCGGGUGCUGAGUCAGAGUCUGAUUUGGACUUUCAGGUGUUGGUUUGUGUGUAAACACCUCAGACUGUUUGCUCUCUGAUCCCUCACCUGGACCAAAGCUCCACCCCCUUACACCUGACCACCUUUAAACACACACACACACCUCAGCCAGACUCUGAGCACACCUGGUUCUGGGUGGAACCUGGUGAACCUGGACGGCAGCGGAUCUGUGGCAGACUUCUGACACAUCCUCAGACUCAGACUCUCAGGAUGGCGAGCACGGCGGCUGAGCUGGCCCGGAGGAAGGCCCGGGAGCAGGACGGCGCCGGCAGCCAGGCCAACGCCAUCCCCUUCAACCAGCAGGACUUUGAGCAGCUCCGCGGUGAGUGUCUGCAGAACGGCUCGCUCUUCUGCGACCCGACCUUCCCUGCAACCUGGGACUCUCUGGGAUACAACCAGCUGGGACGCUACUCGUCCAAAACCAUCGGAGUGGAGUGGAAACGACCCACGGAGCUGUGUUCUGAACCUCAGUUCAUUGUUGAUGGAGCUCAAAGAACCGACAUCUGUCAGGGAGCUCUGGGUGACUGCUGGCUGCUGGCUGCCAUCGCCUCUCUGACGCUGGACCCUCAGAUUCUGAGCAGAGUGGUUCCUCCUGCUCAGAGCUUCAGCUCUCAGUACGCCGGCAUCUUCCACUUCCAGUUGUGGCAGUAUGGAGAGUGGGUGGACGUGGUUGUGGACGACCGGCUGCCCACCAGAGACGGGAAACUGCUGUUUGUCCACUCUGCGGAGGGAAGAGAGUUCUGGAGCGCUCUGCUGGAGAAAGCCUAUGCCAAGCUGAACAGUUCGUACGAGGCUCUGACCGGAGGUUCCAGCAUCGAGGGCUUUGAGGAUUUCACCGGAGGGAUCGCAGAGAGCUACGACCUGAGGGAGGCUCCGCCCUUCCUGUUCAACAUCAUGAGGAAAGCUCUGAAGCUCGGCUCGCUGCUCGGCUGCUCCAUCGACAUUUCCAGCUCGUAUGAGACCGAGGCCGUCACCAGUCAGAAGCUGGUUAAAGGUCACGCCUACUCCAUCACUGCAGCUGAGCAGGUUCAGCACUUUGGUUCUGCUGUGGAGCUGCUGAGGAUCAGGAACCCCUGGGGUCAGGUGGAGUGGACCGGAGCCUGGAGCGACGAUUCGAAGGAAUGGGACGGAGUUCAGCCGGAGGAGAGGAGGAAGCUGGAUCACUCUGCUGACGAUGGAGAGUUCUGGAUGUCCUACAAAGACUUCCUGUGUCAGUUUUCCCACCUCGACAUCUGCAACCUGACGCCCGACAUGCUGACCAGCAACGAGGUCGGUCGCUGGAACUACGCCGAGUUCGAGGGUGCGUGGAGGGUCGGCUCCACCGCCGGCGGCUGCAGGAACUACCCCGGUACGACUGGAGCAGCCACGUUCUGCUCCAACCCUCAGUUCUUCAUCCGGCUGGAGGACGAGGACGACGACCCUCAUGACGGCGAGGACGGCUGCACUGUCCUGAUCGGUCUGCUGCAGAAGGACGGCCGCAAGGAGAGACGCUUUGGACGAGACCUCAACACCAUUGGAUUCGCCAUCUAUCAGGUUCCUGAUGAGUAUAAAGGUCGCAGUAAUGUCCACCUGGGCCCGGACGUCCUGCUGAGGAGGGCGGCUGUGGCUCGCAGUCAGACCUUCAUCAACAUGAGGGAGGUGUGUGGCCGCUUCAAACUGCCGCCCGGGGAGUACGCCGUCGUCCCCUCCACCUUCGAACCGCACCGCAAAGGAAGCUUCAUCCUGAGGGUGUUCACGGAGAAGGAGGCCCACACCAGUCCGAUGGAGGACGACGUGAACGCUGAGAUCCAUGAGCCUGAUGUUGGACACAACGACGUGGAUCCUCACUUCAAACGUCUCUUUGUCCAAAUCUCUGGAAACGACGCGGAAAUUUCAGCCUUCGAGCUCCAACAGAUUUUGGACAAAGUGGUCGCUCAGAGAUCUGAUGUGAAAACCGACGGCUUCAGUCUGCAGACCUGCCGCGACAUCAUCAGCCUGCUGGACACGGACGGCAGCGUUAAACUGGGCCUGGUGGAGUUUCACACUCUGUGGACAAAGAUCCAGAGAUACCUGGAGAUCUUUAAGAACCAUGACUCGGACGGUUCUGGUACGAUGAGCAGUCAUGAGAUGAGAGCAGCUCUGGCUGAAGCUGGAUUCCAGCUGAACAGCACUGUGAUCCAGGAGAUCAUCGGUCGCUACGCCGACACGAGCUACGCCGUCGACUUCGACUGUUACAUCGGCUGUUUGAUCCGUCUGGAGCUGCUCUUCAAAAUGUUCAGAACUCUGGACAAGAAGAAUCAGGGGAAGAUCGAACUGGACCUGCAGCAGUGGCUCUGCCUCGCCAUCAACUGACCGUCACCUGCUCCAAGAGCAUGCUGGGAGUUUUCACCUGCAACACCCGCAAAGCUCUGAUCUAACCCUGAUCUAAACUUCAUCUAAACCUGAUUUAAACCUGAUCUAAAUCAAAUCUAAUAUUAAAUCUCUGCAGUUUGUCCUUAAAUCACAGUUGUCCUCAGGACUGUUGAUCCUUUGUUCAAACCUAGUCGUAGUUGGGGUUCGUGUCUCUGAUGUGUGGAUCAUCUGUUUAGUGAAUCUCAAUAUGUUGAACACAAAACAUGAAACGAAGCAAUAAAAUCCUGAAAUCCAGAAAAGACGUCACCACAUAUGAAAAAAGAAAAACGUGAUGAACCUGUGACCCUCUGAGUGACUGAAGGCUGAUCCUGUAUGAACCACCAUCAGAACAGGUGGUGCAGCUGGUGCUGCGCUGUGGUCUCAGCUCGUGGCUCAGGCUCUGAGUCGUCCUGCUCUGCACACGCUGUCAAACCUCUGAUGCUAAUCAGAGAAAAAUGCUUUAACUUUGAUUUGUACAAAUAAAAGUGACA